AUGCUGAAGAAUAUCUAUCACCAGAAAAUAGCAGAAAAAAAAGCAGAUCUAGCUCGAUUGCAGGAGUUUCGAGAACUAACAGGCGAACUAGCCUCAUAUUUGGAAUCCAUAGGAAACAACCUAGAGACCAUGAAGGGCGGAGCAGAGGGCGUGGCGUUGAUUCUUGCCAACUGGCAGAAUGUGAUAAAGUCGAUUUCGUUGGCGUCAAUUGGAUUGAUGAAAUAUUCCGACAAAGACUAUACAACUGACACUCCGUUUCCAGAACCUCUUGUCAGAAUAAAACUAGACAGAGACGACGAGACUACUGAAGACAACGAAGAAGGAAGUUCACAAAUAGCAGCCGGAAUAGCGUCCGAUGACAGAGCAAGCACCGAAGGAUCUCAAGUCCAACUAUUCCUGGAGUCAGGCAACGAAUGA